AUGGCUUUCCGAGCUCGGUCACUGGCGCUCAGUCGCAGCGGCCUCGGGUUUCGGUCCCGAUUGCUGGGAUCAUUUCGUGGCCUGGCGACCGUCACGGAUGGCUCGCGGCCGUACGAUGUCGUCGUUAUCGGGGGUGGUCAUGCGGGGUCAGAAGCCUGCGCGGCUGCUGCUCGUUCGGGAGCGCGCACCGCAUUAAUCACGCCGUCGCUUUCCAACAUUGGGGUGUGUUCGUGCAAUCCGAGUUUUGGAGGAAUUGGCAAGGGAACGAUGAUUCGGGAGGUAGAUGCGAUGGAUGGAGUUGCCGGACGCAUUAUCGACAAAGCAGGAAUCAUGUUCCGCAUAUUGAACCGGUCAAAGGGUCCGGCCGUCUGGGGUCCCCGGGCCCAGAUUGAUCGCGAUCUCUACAAGAAGUAUAUGCAGGAAGAGCUCACCGGGACGGAAGGGCUGAGCAUCGUGGAGGGCAAGGUUGCGGAUAUUGUUGUCUCGAAGGAAGGCAUCGAGGAUAUCCCCGGCGCGCAGGGCAAGAUCGUCGGAGUGAGGCUCGAGUCUGGGGAAAUCAUUCCCACCGGCCGGGUGGUGAUCACGACGGGCACGUUUCUGGGAGGAGAGAUCCACAUCGGACUCAAGGUCUUCCCUUCUGGGCGCAUGGGAGAGGCUGCCACGUUCGGACUGAGCAAAUCCCUUCGGGAGGCGGGCUUCCAGCUCGGACGGCUGAAGACCGGCACGCCUCCGCGGCUGGAUAAGAAAACCAUCAACUUCGCAGCCUUGGAGGUCCAGAGAGGCGACUCGCCCCCGCAGCCGUUCUCCUAUCUGAACAACACCGUUCAAGUCGGGGACGAGGGUCAGCUCACCUGCUGGAUGACGCAUACGAACGAGGCGGCCCAUGACAUUAUCCGCGCCAACUUGGACAAGUCCGUCCAUAUUCGCGAGACCGUGCGGGGACCGAGAUACUGCCCUUCGCUGGAAUCGAAGAUCAUCCGCUUCAAGGACAAGCACCGCCAUCUCAUCUGGCUGGAACCAGAGGGAUUCGCGCCCAACGACGUCAUAUACCCCAACGGCAUCUCCAUGACCGUGCCUGAGGACGCGCAGUUCGCCAUGCUGCGGACCGUCCGUGGCCUCGAAAACGUCCGCAUGCUGCAGCCCGGAUACGGAGUCGAGUACGACUACAUCGAUCCGCGCAAUCUGUGGCCGUCGCUCGAAACCAAGUUGAUCAGCGGCCUCUAUCUGGCCGGCCAGAUCAACGGCACAACAGGAUACGAAGAAGCCGCCGGACAAGGUAUCAUCGCCGGCACCAACGCCGGUCUGUCCGCACAGGGCCGGCCCCCUCUGACCCUCACCCGGUCCGACGGGUUCAUCGGAAUCAUGAUCGACGACCUUAUCACGAAGGGUGUCUCGGAGCCGUACCGCAUGUUCACGACACGCAGCGAAUACCGCAUCUCCACACGCUCCGACAACGCGGAUCUGCGUCUCACCCGCAUGGCACGCAAGGCUGGAAUCGUGUCCGACAAACGCUGGCACCACUUCACCGACACCGAAGCACAAAUCCAGGAACUCCAAACCCUCCUCGCAAACACCCGCAUGUCCUCCAGCGCCUGGUCCCGCAGAGGGUUCAAAGCCCGCACGGACACGUCCAUUCGAUCUGCACUGGACCUCCUCUGUCUGGACGAGGUGGACGUCGACGCCCUCAUCCCGCACAUCGAAUCCCCGUCCGGGGUCGCAUACACGCCGGCCUCGUUCGCCCCCGAGAUCCGCACCCGCGUCGCCAUCGAGCGCCGGUACGCCCCGUACAUCGCGCGACAGGAGACGGCGGCGCGGAAGUUCCUCCAGGACGAAAACCUGCUUCUUCCUGCGGGCCUGGACUAUUCGAAGGUCCAGGGUAUCAGCACGGAGGAGCGACAGGCGCUGGAGCGGGUGCGGCCGCUCAGCGUCGGCAUGGCACGACGGAUUGAGGGCGUCACGCCGGCCGGUGCGUUGAGGUUACUUGCGCAUGUGCGGAAGCAUGUGCCGUCUCCGUCGGGUGACGCUGUUCCCGAGGAGCUUUUGCAGGAGACGCCUUGA